AUGUGGAAUAUUAGUAUGUUUGUUUUAGCUCUAAUUGUGGUAUGCUUUUCACAUUGGGUUUAUAGAUGGAGGAACCCAAAAUGUUACGGCAAACUUCCUCCAGGUUCAAUGGGUUGGCCACUAUUCGGAGAAACUCUCCAAUUCUUUGCCCCCAACCGCACUUGGGACGCCCCUCCCUUCGUUAAAGAAAGGGUCAAAAGGUAUGGCUCAGUAUUUCGAACCAGUUUUAUUGGGCUUCGUGUAAUAGUCUCGACAGAUCUUGAUCUUAAUCAUAUGGUGUUCCAAAAGGAGGGUGAGUUGUUCCAGAGUUGGUACCCAUAUAGUGUGAGAACGGUAUACGGGGAACAAAACGUAAGUACCUUACAUGGAAACCAACAUAAAUAUCUCAAGAACAUGGUGCUCAAUCUAGUUGGUUAUGAAAGCCUCAAAAAAAUCCUUUCUGAAGUUGAAAGUAUAGCAACAAGAAACAUUGAGAAGUGGGUUGGCCAAGAAACGGUUGAAUUGAAAGCGGCAACUGCAAAUUUGAUAUUUAGUCUCACUGCAAAAAAGUUGAUAAGUUAUGAUCUAGAAAAUUCAUCCGAGAAGCUAAAGGAGAACUUUGAAGCUUUUCUUGAAGGUCUGCUCUCAGUUCCUAUGGCGAUUCCUGGAACAGCGUAUUACAAGUGUCUACGGGGUAGGAAAAAGGUGAUGAAGAUGCUCAAGAACAUGUUGGAGGAAAGGAGGAGGAAGCCUAAUAAAGCCAACACCGAUUUCUUUGACUAUGUUCUUGAAGAACUGAAGCGAGAUAAUACAAUCCUUACAGAAGCAAUUGCCCUGGAUUUGAUGUUUACACUUUUGUUUGUAAGCUAUGAAACGACUUCCAUGGCAUUAUUAGUAGCUAUCAAACUUCUUACAGACAAUCCUCCAGCAUUGAAGGAAUUAACAGAAGAACAUGGAAAAAUCUUAAAAGCGCGUGAAAACACAAAGUCGGGACUUACAUGGGAAGAAUAUAAGUCGAUGACAUUCACGUUUCAGGUUAUAAACGAAGCGGUGAGGAUGACAAAUAUUGUUCCGACAGUAUUUAGAAAAACACUAAAAGAUAUCAAGUUCAAAGGCUACACUAUUCCAUCUGGUUGGGUUGUAAUGGUAAGCCUAUCAGCGGUCCAUUUAGACCCUGUCAACUUUAAGGAUCCACUGCACUUCAAUCCAUGGCGUUGGGAGGGAAAGGAUUUAAAAAGAGCGUCAAAAACGUUCAUGGCUUUUGGAGGUGGUCAGAGGUUUUGUAUUGGAGCAGAAUUUGCCAAGCUUCAGAUGGCUGUCUUUCUUCAUUGUCUAGUGACCAAAUAUGAGUGGAUACCAAUCAAAGGAGGAGAGACUUUACGAAACCCAGGCUUACAAUUUCCAAAUGGCUUUCAUGUUCAGUUUUUCAAUAAAGAUACGCAAAACAGGAUCUGAAUGUACAUAUGAUUUGUACCUUGCUAUUGCAGUUCAUAGUUCUCUUUUCAGCUUAUAACUUCGAAUAAAGAGAUAAGAGGUGUU